UUUCCGUUAUCGCCGGGCGGCGUUGGGUCAUCCGGGCAAAUCUCCGCGAUUCAAUAUGGUUGGAAAGAAGAAGAAGGGAAGUCUUGCCAAGAAGGGCAAGAAGGUGGCAGCCAAUCCUCUGUCCACCAAGAAGGUUGAGGCCAAGAAGGCCGUCAACCCCCUGUUCGAGAAGAGGCCUCGUAACUUCCGCAUUGGUGGCGACAUCCAGCCGCGCCGCGACCUCACCCACUUCGUGCGCUGGCCGCGCUACGUGCGCCUGCAGCGCCAGAAGGCUGUGCUGCAGCAGCGGCUGCGCGUGCCACCGCCCAUCAACCAGUUCAAGCAGACACUGGACAAGCAGACAGCCACCCAGCUGUUCAAGCUGCUGGACAAGUACCGGCCUGAGUCGCGCCAGUCUAAGAAAGAGCGGCUGCGCGAGCGUGCCAAGGCGCGCGCCGAGGGCAAGGAGGACGAGCCGACCAAGCGGCCGGCAGUGGUGCGGCAGGGAGUGUGCACUGUCACGUCACUGGUGGAGCAGAAGAAGGCGCAGCUGGUGGUGAUCGCGCACGACGUGGACCCGCUGGAGAUCGUGCUCUUCCUGCCGGCGCUGUGCCGCAAGAUGGGCGUGCCCUACUGCAUUGUCAAGGGCAAGGCCCGGCUCGGCCAGGUGGUGCGCCGCAAGACGUGCGCCGCCCUCUGCCUGGCGCAGGUGGAGUCGUCCGACCGCAACUCGCUCAGCAAGCUGGUGGAGGCGGUCAAGACCAACUACAACGACCGCUACGACGAGAUCCGGCGUCACUGGGGUGGCAGCUUGCUCGGACCCAAGUCUCGCGCCAAGCUGGCUAAGCUGGAGAAGGCCAAGGCGGCUGAGCUUCAGAGCAAGGUUUAGGCGAGAGGCUACCGACCAAUACACGGAUUAUUGUUGGAA